AUGAGAUUUUUUAAGUCCAAAAAAGGUCCAACAUUAGAUGAAGCUUAUGGUAACUUAGAAAAAAAUGUAAAAAGCAUUGAUGAAAAUAUUGAGAAAUAUAACAAAGAACUACAAAUAAUUAAACAAAAAAUUGAAGAGGAGAAGAAAAAAAACCCUGUUAAUAAAUAUACAAUUAAUAAUUUAAGAAAUAAAGCUGCAAAUUUAAUAAAAAAGAAAAAAGUAUAUGAAAAUAAUAAAGAAAACACACUCGGAAUUCAAUUUAAUAUAGAUCAAAUAAAAUUCGCAAAUGACAAUGUUCAAAUGUCGAUUGAUACAUGUAAAGCUUUAAAAAAUACUAGCAAAGUAUUAAAAAAAAAUAUAAAAAAAGUUAAUAUUAGUAAAAUAGAAAAAUUACAAGAUGAUAUUUAUGAUUAUAUGGAAGAAGCAAAAGAAAUUGGAGAAAUUUUAUCUUCAUCCUACGAGAUACCAUUAGAUUUGGAUGAAAAUGAAAUUGAUGCUGAACUUUCUUUAAUAGAAGACAGUAUAUUAGAUGAAAAUUUAGAAGGUGAAAAUAUAACUAAUUAUUUAGAAAAAGAAAAAACUGAGUUAGAUGAAGCUUCUGUUACUGAACAAAAUGAUUCAACUAUUAAAAAUGAAGAAAAACUUAGCUAG